ACUUCUAAUAAAAACAACUUUGGCGAAAAUCUUAACUUUAAUAAUUUUGAAAAUAGUACUGCUACUAGCGAAGAUUCCAAUAAUGAGCAAGAUAUAACCAAUAAUACUAAAUUAGAAAAAUCUCGUACUCAGUAUUUUAGAGAACAAUAUCUUCAAUGGCAUAUGGAACGAUUUGAUCAUAAAAAAGUUGUAUAUGCACGUAAUAAAAAUCAACAUAAUAUUGCUACACUUAAUUUUGAGAAUCUAUGUCUUCUUAUUGAGUUACAAAUUCAAAAUUCUAAUAAAAAUAUUAUUUCGGGUAGUGCAAAUCUUCUAAAUUCACCUAAACCAACAACUACAAUGAAAUCUACACAUA